CAGCCACAAUGUGUGUCAGAGGACUGUCUGUGCUCCCAAAGUAGAUGACUGCAACAAAUCUGGUGUCUGUACCACUGACUGCGAGAUAUACGAGGAAAAAUUGGUUCGCGCACUAUCAUCCAAAGUCAGGACGAGGUUUUACAAUUGUGGGAGAGAAUGCCGACGAUAAGUAAAAACUCCGAUUUGGAGUUUGACUCCUUACAACCGUGUUUCUUUCCGGAUGAGGACGACUUCUACUUCUGUGGUCCCGACGCUGCGCCACCGGGUGAGGACAUCUGGAAGAAAUUCGAGUUGCUGCCCACUCCGCCCCUCUCCCCGAGCCGAGCCGCUCUAUCGGGGGAGCCGGCGACUGCCGACCCGGAAGCAGACCCUUUGGGCUUCGGUUUGGGGGACCCCCUGGACUGGGCUUCCGAGCUGCUGCUGCUGCCAGAGGAUGAUAUCUGGGGGGCGUCCGACGAUGGGGACCUGUUCGGCUCCGCUUUGGAUACUACUAACCCCAACAGCAUCAUUAUCCAGGACUGUAUGUGGAGUGGCUUCUCCGCCAGGGAAAAGCUGGAGCGGGUGGUCACGGAGAAACUCGGGAAGGCUAUUUCCACGGCCACGGCGGGAGGCAGGAGCGUGUGCGUCAAGGCGCCGGAGGUGGUCAGCAGCAGCAGCAGCUCGAUGACAGAGUGCGUGGACCCCGCGGUAGUGUUCCCUUUCCCGGUGAACAAGAAGAACUGCAGCAGAGACUUACCCGGGACCGUAAACACAUCCACAGACCACGGGAGCGUAUCCAGUGACUCUGAAGACGAAGAUGACGACGAAGCAGAUGAGGGAGAGGACGAGGACGACGAGGAUGAGGAAGAGGACGAAGAGGAGGACGAUGAGGAGGAAGAGGAGAUUGAUGUGGUCACAGUAGAGAAGAGGCGCUCCACAAUCAACAAGGCAUCACCCAUGGCGACAGGCACCGUCACUAUCUCUGUGCAUCCCAAGUGUCAAGAAGCGAGAGGAGGCGUCUCGGUGUCCGGCGUGGUGAGCCGGUUCGUCAGCCGAGCCCCUCAAGAGCUGAUCCUGAAGAGGAGCUCUGUCCAUCAGCAGCAACACAACUACGCAGCCCCCUCACCGUACGCCUCAGACGACGAUCCCACGCCACCUCCAAAGAAGCAAAAAACAUCAGACGCCCCUCGACCCUCCACCAGAACCAUCUCUUCAUCCUCCUUGUCUUCCUCCAUGUCCUGCAGCUCAGUCACCAGCACAUCGGGGGCACGCAGCAAGCGCAGCACCAGCGGGGACAGCAGCCCGCGCGGCAGCUCCGACUCAGAGGACAGCGAGCGCAGGCGUAACCACAACAUCCUGGAGCGCCAGCGCCGAAACGACCUGCGCUCCAGCUUCCUGACACUACGCGACCACGUGCCGGAGCUGGCUCACAACGAGAAGGCGGCGAAGGUGCUGAUCCUGAAGAAGGCCACAGAGUACGUGAGCUCGCUGGAGACGGAGGAGAUGAGGCUCCAGCGGGACAAGGACAGACUCCAGGCCCGCAGGCAGCAGCUGAUGCGCAGGCUGGAGCAGGCAAGGACUCGCUAACAGACAACCGAUACAACACAGAAACACUCAAUAUAUCCUGGAUGACCCCCCUCUUGUCUCAACUCAGUCUGACACACACCCACACACAGGCCUUUACACUUCAGCACAGACACACAGGCCUGCAUAUCUGUUGUAUAUGUGCACACACAAACACAAUAUCUCAGAGGAUGUUUAUCUUCAGAUGCCGGCACACACCUGGAGGAGGAGGAAGAGGAGGGGGGGGGUUGCUGGAGGGAUGCUCGGACUUUCACUGCCGCCACUUUUUUUGCACAUUUGUUGACAUUAAGAAUGUUUAGGGUUUACUUUUUUCCAAUCGAGUCACAUUGAGGAAAGAUAGAAAGAUCGAAAGAAAAAAAAAGAUGGAGGAAGGAGCGAGGACACACUUUUGUUUUAUAGUCUUCCCUUCCUCUGGUUUUUAUAUCAUUUCUAUUUGUAUCUUGUUUUUUUUUUGUUUUUUUUGUACUCACUGUGACACCAGCCCGGAAUCAGGUGAUUCCCACGGGGACGGGUGUUCGAGGGCACUUUGCUUGGAGAGUUUCACGUACAAGAAGCAGUGCACAUUUACUUUGCCUUCACCACUGCAAAAAAAAAAAAAACAACUGAAGAGACUACGACGACUGAGGCGUAAUGGGUCACGUAAACAAAGCCACUACAGGUUCUCUCUCUCUCACUCCUCUCACACUGGUGCUCAAACCAAGUCAGUGGAUGUAUAACUGUGCACCUUGCUAGCCGACACUUUUGUAUAUAACAAUAGUGUACAGACAAAAAUACACUCAGAUCUGCCUUGUUUUGUAAUACAUUUUGUCCUUGUUUUUUUUUAUUUUUUUUUAUACAUGUCAGGAAGCUGCCAAUAACUAGACUGGAAGUUUAUAUACCUUUAAAAAGUACUGUAAGGCCUCGAUUUUUGAGAGUCAUGAAACUUUGUAAUAUAACAAUAUAUUGUUUUUUUUUCUCUUCUUUUUCUUUGUAUUGUAUCAUAUUACUAAUUCUACACACCUUUAUGCUUUUAGUGUGAACCUGAUACAUACUAAAUUUGAUACUUAUAUUUUCGUAUGAAAAUGAGUUCUCGGUAGAUAUCACUUUAUCUCGUCAUUUCUUUUCUUCUAUCUCAAAGUAAUUCCUUUUGUACAGCAAAUGUGUUCUAUCCUCAUGUACCUGGCCUUUUUCUUUCUUCCUCUUUUGUUUAUAUUUGUAACUAUCGGGUGCAUAGAACUGGGUAAACGGAUAUAAGAUGUUUGUUUUUUUCAUUUUUAAAAUGUACAUUUAGUGCUGCAACUCAUAGCACUUUGAAAUACCUCAUUUUGAAAAAUAAAUAGACAUCAUAAAAUCCUCA